AUGAUCAUGCACGCACCCGUCAGGCAGACGGAAGUUCACCCGUGCGCCGUGCGUAAUUACGCAUCGGCACCGCUGUACCAUCUCAACAAGCCUUCCAGCGGGAAGUCUUUCACCAUCGACGCGUUGCUCGCCCUGCCCGCGGACCGGGGCCACGAGCGGCCGAGCAGCGUCACCCCACGCGGACUAAAAUACCAGACGGCCGCCCCCCUUCCGCCGCUCGCGGGACACCCGGGCCUUCAGAUGCCCCCCGCGGCGUACCUGUACUCCCCCGGCCUGCUCCACCCGCAGCCGCCUGGGUACAACGUCUACUGCUGCCCGCCCUUCUCCUUCCCGUCGUCAUGCCAUGGGGGAUUUUACGCACAAGACUCGCCAUCUAAAGGUCACGGAAUCCACUCGUUCAAGACCAAGGGAGGAAAGUCCAAACGCAUGCGCACCAGCUUCACCAACGAGCAGCUGUCCCGGCUGGAGAAGGAGUUCGCGCGCCAGCAGUACAUGGUCGGCUCGGAGCGGUUCGUCCUGGCGUCGAACCUGCAGCUCACCGAGGCCCAGGUGAAGGUCUGGUUCCAGAACCGACGCAUCAAGUGGCGCAAGCAGAGUCUCGAGCAGCAGCAGGCCAAGCUCGCGAAGCUGGGGCUGGCCGCGCCCCCGCCGCGCGCCUCUAGCCCGGGCUCCCAGGGUCACGGGGACGAGGAAGGCGAUUGCUCGUGCCCGUCCGACGUUGACAUCGAUGUGUCGGACGACUUCAUCGACCACUGCUAAUAGCACGGAGGGACUCUUGUGUAUAGACCGAAGACAUAGAUAUACGUCCACUUCUUCACUAAUAAUUUAAUAGAUGUAUAGUUUUAUAUUUAACAUUUUGUACUUGAAAUUGUUUAUUGGGUCUCCCAUGAAAUGAAGGACCUAUGCUUGUAUAUUUUGAUGAUAUAUUCGGAAAUAUAUAUUUUUGAGACUACUGUUGACUCGAUCUACUGUUCUUAACCCUCACAACACAAAACAACCACAAAAAAGUCAAUAAUCGACCUCUGGAGACAGCACAAAAAUCCAUACAAAAUAACAUUCACUUACUCUAAAUAACUAAGGAAUAAUGUAGCUCAUCCAUUUCCCACAUGGGAUUAAAGAAGCAUUGUAUUUAACUAAAAGAGUAUAAUUUAAUUCAAAGAGUUUCAGUAUUUAACUGAGGAGUGUCAGUAUUUAACUCAAAGUGCAUCACUAUUUCAAUUAGAGUAUCAGUAUUUAACUGAAAGAGUAUCAGUAUUUAACUGAAAGAGUAUAAGUAUUUACCUUAAAGAGUAGUAUUUACCUAAAAGAGUAUCAGUGUUUAACUUAAAGGAUAUUAGUAUUUCACUUAAAGUGUAUCAGUACUGUAUAACCUAACCCUGAGUCCGUGUUUAAAUAAACAAAACAAGACAAGCC